CAAAUUUUAAUUUGGUUGAGAACAACCGAAACUCUGUAUUUUGUAAAAGCCACCGAAAGAGAGGGGGAUUUGAAUGUAUAUUCUACUGAAUGAGGCUCUGCGCAACAAUUCGUGCUUCUAUGUUUGACUAAAUGCAAUCUCAAUUCACAAAACCCAAGCUAUUACGUACAAUCAACAAUGUUUUAGCUUCUUCUACACCUAACCCUCGUGCACCGGAGCAGAAUUGUUUAGCCCUUCUUCAGGCCUGUAACGCGCUACCCAAGCUCACCCAAAUCCAUACUCACAUUCUCAAGUUGGGUCUCCACAACAACCCACUCGUUCUCACCAAAUUCGCCUCCAUUUCUUCUCUUAUUCAUGCUACUGACUACGCUGCCUCUUUCUUGUUCUCUGCUGAAGCCGAUACUCGGCUGUACGAUGCAUUUCUUUUCAAUACCCUCAUCCGAGCCUACGCUCAAACUGGUCACUCGAAGGAUAAAGCCUUGGCUUUGUAUGGUAUAAUGCUUCAUGAUGCCAUUUUGCCUAAUAAAUUCACGUACCCAUUUGUGUUGAAGGCUUGUGCUGGUCUCGAGGUUUUGAAUUUGGGCCAAACGGUUCAUGGCUCGGUGGUGAAGUUUGGGUUUGAUUGUGAUAUUCAUGUUCAGAACACUAUGGUUCAUAUGUAUUCCUGUUGCGCCGGUGGGAUCAAUUCUGCCCGCAAAGUGUUUGAUGAAAUGCCAAAGUCAGAUUCUGUGACUUGGAGUGCGAUGAUCGGUGGGUAUGCUCGAGUAGGGCGCUCCACUGAAGCAGUGGCCUUGUUUAGAGAGAUGCAAAUGGCGGAGGUUUGCCCAGAUGAGAUCACUAUGGUUUCCAUGCUUUCUGCUUGUACUGAUUUGGGUGCCCUUGAACUUGGGAAGUGGAUUGAAGCUUACAUAGAGAGACACGAAAUUCAUAAACCAGUAGAGGUUAGCAAUGCACUCAUUGACAUGUUUGCAAAGUGUGGUGAUAUUAGUAAAGCAUUGAAGUUAUUUAGAGCUAUGAAUGAGAAAACAAUAGUUUCCUGGACUUCUGUUAUUGUUGGCAUGGCAAUGCAUGGCCGUGGUCAAGAGGCCACUUGUUUAUUUGAGGAGAUGACAAGUUCUGGUGUAGCUCCAGAUGAUGUCGCCUUUAUUGGCUUGCUUUCUGCUUGUAGCCAUUCGGGACUAGUAGAAAGAGGUAGAGAAUAUUUCGGUUCUAUGAUGAAGAAAUACAAACUUGUUCCUAAGAUAGAACAUUAUGGAUGCAUGGUGGACAUGUAUUGCAGGACUGGACUUGUGAAAGAGGCUCUUGAGUUCGUACGUAAUAUGCCAAUCGAGCCAAAUCCAGUAAUCUUACGAACACUAGUCAGUGCCUGCCGUGGUCAUGGUGAAUUCAAGCUUGGAGAAAAGAUAACCAAACUGCUAAUGAAACACGAACCUUUGCAUGAAUCAAACUAUGUGUUGCUCUCUAAUAUUUAUGCAAAAACGCUUAGUUGGGAGAAGAAGACCAAAAUUAGAGAGGUGAUGGAAGUGAAAGGCAUGAAAAAGGUUCCAGGGAGCACUAUGAUUGAGAUUGAUAAUGAAAUCUAUGAAUUUGUUGCUGGAGAUAAGUCUCAUAAACAGCACAAAGAAAUCUAUGAAAUGGUGGAUGAGAUGGGUAGAGAAAUGAAGAAAUCUGGAUACCGUCCUUCGACAUCAGAGGUUUUGCUUGAUAUCAAUGAAGAGGACAAAGAAGAUAGUUUGAAUAGGCAUAGUGAAAAACUAGCUAUUGCAUUUGGUCUUCUUAGGACUCCACCAGGAACUCCAAUUCGAAUUGUAAAGAAUUUGCGAGUUUGCAGUGAUUGCCACUCGGCUUCCAAGUUCAUUUCUAAAAUUUAUGAUCGUGAAAUCAUAAUGAGAGACCGCAACAGGUUUCACCACUUCAAGUCUGGGCAGUGCUCAUGUGGAGAUUUCUGGUGAAGUUAUAAUAGCAUCAAAUGAGUAUGAAACAGGCAAUUGGUAGUUGGUCAGGUUCAUCAAUGCUCUGCAUCCAUUAUGCAGUUGAGGGCAUUACAUGUUAAAAAUUGGAAGAAUGUUUCAAAGAUGCAAUUGUUAAUGUUAUAUAUUUCCUCCAUUUGAUUCAAAGCUCAACCCCUUUGGCGCCAAUAUGCUUGAGAGCUUCAAAUUCAACUGAAAAAACAUAAAAUCAGCUGCUUUUGAUUGGAAGUGUUCUUUUAUCAAUCCUGCAAGUAAAAGGAAAGCUAGCUUCCUUGGUGGACGGCUCCUCAAAGGCAAUCAAACUAACAACUCGGUAUGUCAAAUUUUAUUCUUAUUAUAUCUAAUUGUUAAGGAACUCCCAACACAAAGACAGGAUGGGCUUAGCCUGGUGAUGUGACUUUCAAGUUGAUGGAUAUCUAAGGUUUCAUUUGAGUUUGCUUUUGCUUUUAAAAUAAUUGUUCUCAGCUUUGCUUCCUAAAAAAUUCACAGCUAAAGAUAGUAUUUGGUAAAUUUAAUUUCAUUGGUUAGGAAAUUAGAAGAUUUUUAAAAA